AUGACCGGUCAGCCGGCCCCGGGACCUGUGACACCAAGGCAUACGAUCGAGCCCAACAGUACGUGGAACAGCGUGCCCGUGGCGCAGGCCUCAUUCGACAUCUCUAUUGCUGCCCAGGUCCAAACCCCUACGGAAGAGGAUUGCACGACCCUCAACAAGCGGCUUCAAUGGCAGAAAGACCACCAGCAGCGAGGCCUAACGUAUAUCCCUAUUGACCUCGCCAAUGCCAAGCUUAUCGUCUUUACCGACGGUUCCUUUGCGAACAAUAAGGACCUAUCGUCACAGCUAGGCUUCGUCAUUGCCCUAGUCAAUGAGACCGAGACCGCACGUACCAAAGACCAAUUCGGGAUCAAGGGCAAUGUCCUCCAUUGGAGCUCAACGAAGUGUAAGAGGGUCACCCGAAGCGUGCUAGCAUCAGAGAUCUACGGCAUGGUCAACGGAUUCGAUAUUGGGAUAUCACUAGCAACGACGAUACGGAAGAUCACAGACCGCCUCAAUCUUCCCCCUAUCCCCUAA